UGAGUAAAAUAGUUUAUAAAAGUCAUUCAAUUUUUACAAAAAUUUUCAAAAUUCGUUAUUGCUUACUUAAAUCAUUUAUUUUUUGCGUAAUUAAAUCGUUCUAAACAAAGCUUAAAAAUCUUGAAAUUGCAAGUGUUCAACACUAGGUUCGCUAGUAGUUAAAAUCCGUUUGAAAAAAUCAAGCCCUGCGUAGUUUCCAUUUAUUUUUAAUUUUCAUCUCAUCAUAAACACAAUGGAAAAAUUGUCAGUUGAUGCAAGAGAAGUACUUUUUCAUCUCAACUAUUUAGGCUAUCGUAAUAUUUCUAAAGAGCAACUAAAAGAAUUUAUGAUCGAUCUUAAGAGACUUUUAAAAUAUGAAUCAAAUCUAAAACCAUCUACUGAAGCUGAACAGCAAUCAAAGCCAACUCUAGUGACUGAUCAAAGACUAUUUAAAACUCAAACAAUAGCAUCGCAUACAAAACAAAAAGAAAAACCAAAUAAAAUAUCUAAGAAGGAUCAGUCUCAACUGUUCCAGCACCAGAUUCGUCCGCUUAAUCCUGUUAAAGUUGCUCAUAAAGAAACAAAUGAAAAUGAGGUACCUCAAAAAUCAGAAUCGCAAUUAAUCAAACACAAAUCUGUUAACGAUGUUCAAACAUUGACAUCAGAAGCGAAAUUUCAUUCAAAGCAACAAAGCAAUGAUAAAAGAGAAAACCCUGAUGAAAUUGAUAAAGAAAAUAAUUCAGCUGACAAAGUAGAAGUAGAACAAGUGAAACCAAAAAUGUGGAUUCGACCCAGAAGCGUAUCUCAGACAAGACAGAAAACAGCAAGAAAAUCUGAUCCAGUUUUGCUUUAUCAAGCUUAUCAAAAGGAUUGGGAAAAAUUCAAAAGCAACAUUUGUGAAUCUUCGCACAGCGAUUUAAGAUGGUCGAUUCGUGAAAAGAUGAUGGGACGUCGUUGAAUUCUCAAUUUUACAGUAAUUUUUAAGGAAGAGAAAUCAAACAUAGACAAAAACAUUAAUUCUGUUGGCAUAAAAGACUGAAAGACAGAAUGAAAUAAAAAACUUUGCAUUUCUUGUAUAAAUAACA